AAUUUUCACAACCCUUACAAAAAAUAGAAGACAUGCGAAUAUAUCAUGUGGGAUUUAACAACAAGGGGUUGUCAUGUUUGAUUUUAAUUAGAAAUUAAAGGAUGUGCUCAAUAGGUUCGUUUUGACAUUUAUGAACGGAAGAAGAAUUAAGGAUUUCAUUUCUAAAACUUGUGUUUGCUGUCAUUCGACGCACAACGUGUUGGUCUGUUUGACCUAAUUACAUUGCUAGCCGUCGACCUUGACAAUGAUCCAAAUUACUCCUCCAGGAGUUUGACACGGUGGUGGAAUGCAGCAAAGCCAAGGACAGAGUUCCAAACAUGGAAGGAUGAACCCGAGUUUGAAGUCAGAGGGUUAUGGUGAUAAAGUGAUUCAACAACUUAAUAACCUCAGGUCCAGGAAUGAAUUGUGUGACUUUAAGGUUUCUGCAGGGGAAAAGUCAUUCCAGGUACAUAAAGCUUUGCUGGCCGCUACCAGUGACUACUUCCGAGUCAUGUUUGGAGGUGCUAUGGCGGAGAGCAAGCAGGACUCGGUGGAUCUGAAGGGCGUGACAGCAGACGGUUUACAGAUGAUCAUUGACUUUGUGUACAGUGGAGAGCUCUCCUUGGAGUAUGACAAUCUGACAGAAGCCAUCAACACUGCCAGCCACCUACAGGUUUCUUCAGCUCUAGAUAUUUGUAGCGAUUACAUCAUCGCUGGAAUGACAUUUGAAAAUGCACAAGAUUUUUUGACCAUUGCCACAACCUACUCGUUGGACAAAGUCUUGAAGCACUGGGACAAAAUGAUCCUAAGUAACUUUGUUGAGUUCUCAGAAACGCAAUGUUUUUUGAAAAUGGAGGCUGUGACUCUUGUGAAAUAUUUAUGCUCUAACGCACUGCGAGCAAGUUCAGAAUACAAAAUUUUUCAGUGUUUAGAUAAGUGGUUCAAGCACAACCCAACACGGAUAUCUAACGACUGCGUCACGGUACUUACGCACAUCCGGUUCCCUUUAAUGUCAGAACGGGAGCUACAAAUGGUCCAGGAAAGUGAGCUGAUGAAGCGCUGCCUAGGAGCUCUACACUUAGUUACAAAGGGUUUCAAAUACCACCUGGACUGUCGAGAGCGACACCCAGUUAUAGAAGAAAGAUCCAAUGUUCGCACCGAAAUCCCUACCCUUGUCCUAAUCCAACCACACAAUAGUGCCUCCUAUGUUCCAUUUCAAAUAACAUCUUAUGAUCAUGUGACAGGGGUGUUCUACAGACUGUUCUCUGAUUUGAACGGAAGCAGAGACUGCAGAUUAACUGUUAUUGACAAUUUUAUUUACAUUUGUCGUGUGGUGGAUUUUGGGGGUGGGUCUCUGAUGAGUUCUCUAUUCCGAUUUGAUCCACGGCAUUUAUGUGGACAAGAGCUUCGCCCAAUGCUUAGACUGCGAAUGGAUUUUGCAAUGGUUGCCCACGGAAGCUGCUUAUACGUAUUCGGUGGUUCUACAGAACAGUUUGCAACAAUGGACUCUGUUGAAUGCUACAACGUAAAGACAAAUACAUGGACAGAAAUGCCGCCCUUGCCGAUGGCUCUCAAUUCCCUCGCUGUCCUCACAGUUGAGAGAAAAGUCUAUCUCUCUGGCGGUGCCAGUCAGGAUCGUCAACCCACUAACUCCUUUACCAUUUUUCAUCCUCACUAUCAAACAUACGAGACCCUGCCUGGUAUGUUCUAUGCCAGGCGACUCCAUGAGAUGGUGUUUUUCCAGGAAAAAGUGUAUGUUCUUGGUGGUAUACCUCGUCAAGGGGUGCCCCUACAUGGACAGAUCCCCAUAGAGUGUUAUGACGUCAGCACAUCCCAGUGGACAAUGUUGUCCUCCACCCUAAGUGGGCGUUCUGUUGGUCACUACCUCAGCUUUCAGGGAUAUAUUUUAUCACUUGGACAUGAGCACCACAAUGCUAAGGAAGAUGAGAUCUGGACGUAUGACCCGGAGGUGGAUGGUUGGUCAAAAUAUGCGAAGGCUCCGCAGCGAAUGAGUCUCAUGUCGGUCAUUUGUUCAACAAUAUUUGUCAACUUUCAUGAUGAGAAAGUGGCAAAAACUUACCUUAAAGACAAAUAAAAUAUGUUUAUUUUUUA